AUGACGUUGAUGAUGUCCGAUCUUCCAGAGGAUUUGAUAGAGGAUAUUUUGUCGAGGGUUCCAAUAACAUCUCUAGGAGCAGUGAGAUCUACUUGCAAAAGAUGGAACAAUUUAUCCAAAGAUCGGAUUGUAUGUAAAGGAGAAACAAAGCCACAGUUUCUAGGGUUCAUGGUAAAAGAAUCUAAGGUUUGUUCGUUGAGAUUUGAUCUCAUCAAUGGAAUCCAAAAUCAAGAUGUCGAACUAGCAGGGACAUCUAUAAAGCAAAUAGAUAAAUUUAAUGAAUUGAGGAUAUUUCAAGUUAAUAACUGCAAUGGCUUACUGUUAUUGGUAACUAAAGAAAUCAAUUUCAGGCUCGUAGUUUGGAACCCAUAUUUGGGACAAACCAGGUUGGUUCAACCUAGAAUUAAUUUCGACUUCGAAGAUAGCUCACAUCAUCAGAGAGACUGGAUACUUGAGAACAGUGGAUCUCGGAGUAGCUUCCGCACAGUAUCGUCCCCUACCAGUGUGCUCUUAUGCUCCAAGUUUAGUGCAAAUCAAUCAAGGCCAAGAACUAUCGCUUAUGUGGCUAAAGAAAAGAUCGAGAUUAUUAUUAACCAGUGGUUAUUUUUACAGUACCUUGUUUGUUUCUUGCAUCAUCUUCUU